AUGGCUCCAAAGGAAAAGUACACCGACCCCAAACUCCGCGACAAGAUCAAAGAGGACAUCCAAAACAGCGAUAAAGGUGGGAAACCGGGUCAAUGGUCUGCACGAAAGGCCCAACUCAUGGCCUCGGAAUACAAAAAGCAAGGCGGCGGAUACAAUCAAGGCAAAGAGGAGAAAUCAUCAGAGCAGAAGCAACUGGAUGAAUGGACGAAGGAGGAAUGGCAGACUAGAGAAGGCAGUGGAGAUGCGACGAACGAAGAUGGGAGUCGGAAGCGGUAUUUGCCGAAGAAAGCUUGGGAGGAGUUGAGUGAGGAAGACAAGGAGGAGACUAAUAAGAAGAAGGUGGAUGAGUCUAAAAAUGGGAAGCAGUUUGUUGGGAAUACAGCUAAGGCCAAGGCGAAGGGGAAGAAAGCGAGGAAAGAGGUUGAGCAGGGUAGUGAUGACGAUUAUAGCGAGGCCGAGGAUGGCAACGAUGAUGAGUUUGAAGACGAUGAAGAGGAACAGGACCGUGAAGAGCGGCAGGAUGGCGACGAACAGGAUGAAGACGACGAGAACGAAAGUUCAUCCGGAAAGGCCAAAGCAAACACAAAGACCAAUGGACAAACAAAGACAAAAGCCGGCACAAAACGCACAGCCAAACAAUCCCGAACCUCGAAUAAGAAGCGAGAAACCGCCAAUAAUAAGGAAGCAGCGCACGAACGAGACUCCGACUACACAGACGCAGGUGCGGAAUAG